UCACGUUGCUGUUAAGGGCUCCUGGAUUUAAAAGUAGUGUCGCAGGGUUUUUUCUGUGAUAAUAUUAGCCAGCUAACAUAAACAUUGGCGUCGUUCUCCCUAAACACUAUUUAUUCUGUUUUCGGCGUCAGUUUAUGUGAUACUUUAUAUGAGAUAUCACUCGUGGUGUAGGAACCGGUCAGUAAUUAUGUUCCCAACCAAGACAAUACCGUGACGCUGAAAAAAGUCUUCGUGAGUUGCUGCUAACUGAAAUUAGCUCAGUUCAACUCAGAAAUGAGCUGGGACAAUCAGCUGAGCUCAAUUCUGGCAGUAGCAGAUGGCAGCGUUGCAAAGAUGAGGGAGAGGCUGAGUUCACCAGGGAAAUUUACCAAAGGAGUAGAAGCAAAGGACAGGUUUCAUGAGUCAAAUUUAGAACCUCCUGCUCUUCCUCCUCGAGCCCCCCUUCAGCGACAUCCUUCCCCAUCUUUCAGUUCUGGUGUUCAGUGGGCAGACCUAGCUGCUAUCCAGUCACAACUCCAGAUACAGAGCCAGGAAAUUGAGUCUCUCACCCAGAAACUCCAUGACAUGGAAAGGGACAGACAGUCUCAACAGUGUCACAUCCAGACACUACAAGAGGAAGUUCACAAGCUGAGGGAGAGGGAAAGAGAGAGAGAUGAAUCGAGGCGGGGACAAAGUCCAGAAGCAGAGAGAAGAAUGGAGCAGUGGAAGAGAGAGGUUGGACGUGAGCUAAGCAGUCUGCGGGGACACAUCACCAGAGCCACGUCGCUAGGCAACCUGGAGGAGAGUUUCAGCUCAAAGCUCCGCCGAGAGGAGCUGGAACACCUGCGGAGAGAGGUGGACCAGCUGAAGACACGACUAAGGAGACAGGAGGAGGACUUUUUCCUCCAGCAGGCAGAGGCCAGGGAGACCAGGAGACUGUAUGAACACAGCUGCAAGACACUUGAGGAGCUGACAGGCAGCUACAGAGCUCACAGCACUGAUCUGGCAAAGACAGUCUCUCAGUAUUCACACACACAUGAACAAGUCCGACAGAUCAGAACAGUUGUGUCUGAACUGAAAGAGGAGGUCAAAAGACUUAUUCUCAGAGAAAAUGAACCAACACCUUUGAUGUCAGCGCAUACAUCAGGAGCAUCACCGCUUCCUCUCAGCCUCAGCAGAGGGGUCAGAGUUGAAGAGGUGGACUCUGACUCAGAAGACUUCAGCCCAACUCCAAGCCUGGCGGAGGUCAGCUCAGAUGAUCUGUCCUGGCUGGAUGACAAAGACCCUGAUCUUCAUCACAAGCCACGAGUACGUCUGAGUGUUCAGUCCAGACGGAGUGACUUUGCUGGUCCAGGAUCAGACCUGGAGGAUGACGAUGACAAUCAUGACGACGAGCUCGAUGAUGAAGUGAACCCAGAUUUAGGAUCUGACUUGAGUCUUGAUGAUCUCUGACCUUUUUUUAAGCUAAUGUUUUGCAAUUUUACUUGGGAAGAAGGAAUCAACAACAGCUACUCUAAUAAGAUGUAUUAUCAGUUUGAAAUUCAUUUGAUCAGUACGUGUUAGAUUUACAGUCCUAUUUGAAAAAACAGGAUAGAAAUAGACAGGAAAACACAAACAGCAUAUGGCUUGUUUCUUUUGUGGUCCCAAGGGAAGAGGAAAGGAAACAGAGGAUGGCAACAGAAGCACACACUUAGUCACUGACAAAUUGUAAACUGUACCAUUUUCAAAGUGGGGUUCACAGCAAAACUGGGAAUGUUUUAUUUUUACCACAUUCCAUCCAUAAGUAACACAUUAGCAGAAUUCAUGAUUAUUUUGUUCACUGGUUUCAUAUCACAUUCUGGAAUAAAACACCUAAAAGCAAAAUUCUUAUCUGGUGAGGGAUCCUGGGACAAACGCAUACCAAAUGUGGGUUCGUGUUCUGAUUGGUGUCAGUUUGAGUGAAAAAGUUUGGGACGCACUGUUAACAGAACUGUUUGGAUGUGAUCUCUGAUACAUAGUUCAUACUUUUGGGGGAUGUGACUAAUGUGGGAAAUUCUCAAAUGCUAUUUUUACAGUUCUUUGUAAGAAUACCAGAAGUGAUGGACUGAGAACAGAUCAUGUAUACCCUGUAUGUCUACUCACUCACUGCUUUGUUUUCAAAUUCAUGUUAAAUUGUUUGUCUAAUGAUCCCAUGUGACACAACCAACGCCUUGUGAAAUCGGUGUGCUGUAACAAACCACCGAAGGAUUCAAGAUUCAAUACUUUCACUUUUGCAUUCUGA